AUGCGUGAAAUAGAUUCAGAUGGUGAGGAAAACAGCAUCAAAUGCCUCUGGUCCAGUCUUCUUGAUGAAGUUACUAAUAAAGCAACUACUGGUCUACCCUCCUCAAAAACCCUAGUUGUGUUCGGUGACGAUAAGUGCGGAAAAUCAACCUUGAUCUCACGACUUCGGGGUCCUGAAGACAUUCAAGAGGGAUUUGGAAUUGAAUAUUUUCUUAUCGAAGUUAAAGAUGAGGCACGAGAUGCUACCACGAAUUUAAGUGUUUGCAUUUUGGACGGUAAUCCUAUUCAGAGUUACCUUCUCCAAUAUGUUAUUACCGAGGAUUCAUUCUGCGACCAAACUGCCAUUAUUGUUGUUAGCAUCAGUGAACCAUGGAAGGUUAUAGAAAGCUUAGAAAUGUGGGCAGAUGUACUCAAAAAUCAUAUAAAUAAACUGAAACUUCCAAAAGAUAAGUUAAAGAUGUACAAGUCAAAAGUUUCAAAGGAAUUCUAUGGUUAUCUGGAACCGGGAACACUCACUAUAUGUCUGAAACAUCAUAUGAAGCAACACCUGAACCGCCAUCUCCAAAUGAUGCUGAUGUUUUCUCAGAAGAAAUCCAUGAAAGAGAUGUGCUGA